AUGCGAAAUGGAGAUCAAUCAAACUUGCUGCAUAUCGGCCGUCUAUUGCAACAGUAUUCUGUUGAUACCUAUGUGAAGUUAGAGACAUCGCGGCUUGAAUUUCACAGAGGCAAACAAAACAAAUUGAGGACAGAGGCUUAUCAAGGAUUACUUGAUGUCAUAGCAAAAGGAUUCACAAAUGCAUCAAAUGUUGGAAAACACAUCAUUCUGCCUGCAAGUUUUAUAGGAGGACCAAGAGAUAUGCGACGCCGAUAUAUGGAUGCAAUGACCCUUGUGCAACGUUAUGGAAAGCCAGAUAUUUUCCUCACAAUGACCUGCAAUCCAUCUUGGCCUGAGAUUAAGAACCAUCUGCUUGAAACAGAUGAGUGUCAAAACCGACCUGAUUUGAUUACACGGGUAUUUCGUGCAAAAAUUGAACAAUUGAAAGAAGAUCUUUUCAAGAAACAUCUUUUCGGUCAUGUUGCUGCUUAUACUUAUGUCAUUGAAUUUCAAAAAAGAGGUUUGCCCCACACUCACUUCCUCAUCAUUCUAAAGGAACAAUCAAAGAUGUUCUCACCAAAAGAAUAUGACAACAUUGUUUGUGCAGAGCUUCCUGAUAGACAUCAAUCGCCAUAUCUAUAUUCUGUGGUUAUAAAGCACAUGCUUCAUAGCCCUUGUGGAUCAAUGAAUCCGAGUAAUCCGUGCAUGUGGCAAAAUCACAAGUGCAGAAAUAACUAUCCAAAGGAUUUCUCAAAAUAUACAAAGCAUGGAAAAAAUUUCUAUCCUAUAUACAAGAGACAAGAUGAUGGCAGCAAAGUCUAUAUCAGACAACAUGAGCUAGAUAACCGAUGGAUUGUCCCUUACAAUCCAUAUAUUCUUGCAAAAUACGAUUGUCACAUUAAUGUUGAAAUAUGUUCUGCUAUUGAAGCUGUAAAGUACAUCUAUAAAUAUAUAUACAAGGGUCAUGACAGAGUGAUGUAUCAAUUGACAGCAGAACAAGCAGAUAAGAUUAUUUAUGAGAUAAAAAAUUUCCAGUCUGCAAGGUGGGUAUGUGCUCCUGAAGCUAUGUGGAGAAUUUAUGCUUUUGAUCUCAAUCUUAUCAGUUCAUCAGUUAUUUUGCUUCAUCUACACCUUGAGAACUACCAAUCGAUGUCAUUAGAUAAGAAUCGGCCUCUAACAGAUGUCAUUCAAGAUGACAGACUUUCAUGA